CUGACGCCGAGCGGCCGUUGGCUGGGGGCGGGGCAACGCCCGGUGCCCGCUCCCCCGCCCGCUGGUGGCCGCUGCGGGCUCUGUCCGGCCGAGGAGCUGCGGGAGCCCCGGCCUGGCUCACGCUUCUGGGUGCCCUGGGGACUCGGCGAGAAGCCGAGGCCAGGCAUGGGCCUGAUUUUUGCCAAGCUCUGGAGUCUCUUCGGUAACCAAGAGCACAAAGUAAUCAUAGUGGGACUUGAUAAUGCUGGAAAGACUACUAUUCUUUAUCAAUUCUUAAUGAAUGAAGUGGUUCAUACUUCUCCAACCAUAGGAAGCAAUGUAGAGGAAAUAGUGGUGAAAAACACUCAUUUCUUAAUGUGGGAUAUUGGAGGACAAGAAUCAUUACGGUCAUCGUGGAAUACGUAUUAUUCAAACACAGAGUUCAUCAUUCUUGUUGUUGACAGCAUUGAUAGAGAGCGACUUUCUAUUACAAAAGAAGAACUUUAUAGAAUGCUGGCUCAUGAGGAUUUACGGAAGGCUGCAGUUCUCAUCUUUGCAAACAAACAGGACAUGAAAGGUUGCAUGACAGCUGCUGAGAUAUCUGCUUACCUCACCCUGAGCUCCAUAAAGGAUCACCCGUGGCACAUUCAGUCCUGUUGUGCUCUGACAGGAGAAGGAUUAUGCCAAGGCUUGGAGUGGAUGACCUCCCGUAUUGGAGUGAGAUAGCUGCUUUUUUCUUUUCCGAAAGAAGAGACUUCUAUUUAUCUUGUGAACAUGUACAUUUUUCUGUACCUUGGCUGCUGAGGCAGUGACCAUGUUUAAUUUAUAUCAGCCAACCCUCAAGCUGUGCUUGAAUCAAGUGCAGUUGAACUGAAACACUAAAUAUUUUCUUAACUUUUUUUAAUACACUAAUCUUCAACUGGAUGAACACGUGAAUCUGUUUUUAAGCAUUAAAAUUCCUCUGAAUAUGUAUUCUGACUUUCUCAGCGAUAGCUUUUUAAAAUUUUAUUGUCAUUGUCAAUAUUUCAUACGUCCUCUUUCUUAAUAGUCUAUAUAACUUACUAACAUAAAUGAGCACAGUUUCUUUAAUAAUAAAAAGUAGUGAAUAGGUUGACUUUGGCAUAGCUUUAGCCUCUAAGGAUAACCACAUCUCUGUCUGGGUGUCCUGGAACAUCAGUAGAGUUCUAGCCAGCAUAGGAAUUAAUAGUUAUGAAUGCAAAUUUUUAAAUGCUGAACAAGUUAGUUAUAGUUAAUAUUGUGGUAGCCUUUACCUGGUGUGUAAUUCAAAUUCUGCCUUAAAAAAAACACCAUUUAGUUUUCAUUUUCUCCGGUAAGUAGUUCUAGGAUAUAAUUCUUCUACCUGAAAAUACAUCUCUGUACAGUGGAUAAAAAAAAAAAUAAAUAAGUGCUGGUUUAGUAAUUUAGAAUUUGAAUACCUUUUUUAAAAAUAAACCUUGUGUUAAUUAAAUUUGGAAUCACAGCAGCCAGUGUUAUGUGUAGACUUGCUGUAAUCUGUUAAAACUUUAAAUACUGUAUACAUAAGCCUCCUUCUUUUUUUUGUGAGAGUGCUGUUUUCUAAAUAAAUGCAAAAUCAAAAGGGAAGCUGGGUUUAUAAACAGAACAAAAAUAAUGGUGCUGUGCCUGUAUACUUCAGAAUGAAGCUAAUAUUGACAUUUAUUUACUGCUAUCAAAUACGUUUUCAGAUUCUGUUGCAGAGAAAAUAUUUUGCCUUAAUUUUUUGUUUUAGUCAUAUUUGCAAGAGCAGAGAAUUUUUUAUGGUGUUUGAGUUAGAUUCAUUCACCUGAAAUUUAGAAACUGAAUGUUAGAGAGCUUCGAUUUGAAAAACAAAUGCUUAAAAAUUGGACCUAGUAAUUCUUAAUUUAAUUUGAAGGGGAUGAAGUUAGAUCUGUAAGGGAUUCUAAAGGUAUGGAUGAAGUUAAUUGAGAACAUUAGAAGAGAAAAAAAAACACCACCAAAUGCCAAGAGAACACCUGAGGAAAAAAGCAACCCAAAAAAACCAAAACAAGAGUGGACACCAAAUUCCUAGGGAAAUCCAACAGCAGUCAGAUGUCUAACUGACAUAAAUGCUUGGCAGGUUUUGCAAAAGCACCAUUCUGUGCUGUUGCAUGCCUAAAAAACAUGUGGAGUCUGUUUACUAGAACGAUUUUGCUAAUUGACUGUAGGCCUUUAAUGACAAAAUCGUUUUUAUAAAUCGUUUGGAUAUUCAAACACACUGAGUUUUCUUUAAUAAAAUUUUACAUUUUGUAAAUUUCAGUUUGAUUCCAUUUUAUUUGAACACAGCUUAAUCAAAUUUUAAACUAUUAGCCAAUAAAUAGUCAUUUUAAAAGGAAGACUUUGAAUACAUGUGGAAUCAAUGAUUGGUUGAAUGAAGUUAUAUAUUAAUGUUGGUUUGCAAAAGUCACAUUUAGAAGAAAGACCAUGUAGAGUGUCCAGUCAAAAUGCUCAGAAAAUAACUUAAAUUAGUAAAAAGUAGUACUUAAAGAGAAGAGGAAUGCAAGGCAAGGUUAAAACCUGACACUAAAGUUUUUUGUUUCGAUGUUCAUGCUAACAGCUGUUCUAAUGUGUGACAGUAAGAUUUGUUUUGUUCUUAGGGAAGCAACUAUAAAUGAAAAAAAUAAAAUUACACUGUGAAUGAG